AGACACCGACACUACACGGACCGCUCCGGUGUCAUCCUACCGUGCACCUUAUUUUAAGCAUGGAGUCAUGUACUUUGCUCCGAAAGGGGCCGACGAGAGCAAAGGAAGAGAGGAAGAAAGAGGCUGGCCUCAGUUUAGCAUUACAAGCCCCCGCCCCUCACUCCAGUUCGGUUAAAUUCCUAAAACUUGAGCAUUUACUGAUACACCUCCAGAGAGCGUUUCAGAGACGAGAGCCACACACAGGAGAUCCAGUGGCACUGCGAUGAAAGGUGACGCUGUCAAGGCGUGCGCCCCAAAUGGCAUCGACCAAGCCAAGGGCCAGAAGCCCCCGUCGGAGGAUAAGAUGGAGGAGCGGGGCCAGUGGAGCAACAAGAUGGAGUUCAUUUUGUCCGUCGCCGGCUCCAUCAUCGGCCUGGGCAACAUGUGGCGCUUCCCUUACCUCUGCUACAAGAAUGGAGGCGGUGCGUUCCUCAUCCCCUACUUGAUCUUCCUGUUCACCUGCGGUGUUCCCGUCUUCUUCUUGGAGGUAGCUCUGGGCCAGUACACCAGCGAGGGAGGCAUUACCUGCUGGAGGAAAAUCAGUCCGCUGUUUGAAGGUCUCGGCUACGGCACCCAGGUGAUCGUGACUCUGCUGAACUUCUACUACAUCAUUGUUCUGGCCUGGGGCAUUUUCUACCUGUCCUACUCCUUCUCCUGGGACCUGGCCUGGGCGUCCUGCAACAACACCUGGAACACAGCAAACUGCGUGGAGUUACAGAGGAGAAACACCUCAAUUGAACAAACAAUCGACCCGAAUGCCACCUCUCCCGUCAUCGAGUUCUGGGAGAGAAGAGUGCUCCGGAUUUCCCAGGGCCUCGACCACAUGGGCUCUCUGAACUGGGACCUGGUCCUGUGUCUGUUCAUCGCCUGGGUCAUGUGCUACUUCUGCAUCUGGAAGGGGGUGAAAUCCACAGGAAAGGUGGUCUACUUCACGGCGACCUUCCCCUAUCUGAUGCUGAUUGUGCUGUUGAUCAGGGGGCUCACCCUGCCCGGUGCUGGGAUCGGCAUCCAGUUCUACCUUUAUCCAGACCUGGGACGCCUGCUCGACCCUCAGGUGUGGAUGGAUGCUGGCACCCAGAUCUUCUUCUCCUACGCCAUCUGUUUAGGGUCACUGACUGCUCUGGGAAGCUACAACAAAUACAACAAUAACUGUUACCGGGAUUGUAUCGCGUUGUGCUUUCUGAACAGUGCCACCAGCUUUGUAGCGGGCUUUGCCAUCUUCUCCAUCCUGGGCUUCAUGUCCUAUGAGCAGAAUGUUCCUAUCUCAGAGGUGGCAGUAUCUGGUCCCGGCCUGGCCUUCAUUGCGUACCCGCGCGCUGUGAGCAUGAUGCCUUUCUCUCCUCUGUGGGCCGCCCUCUUCUUCAUCAUGAUCGUCUUCCUGGGGCUCGACAGUCAGUUUGUGUGUGUCGAGAGCCUGGUGACAGCAAUAGUCGACAUGUACCCCACCGUGUUCCGCCGUAAAAACCGCAGGGAGCUCUUCCUGUUAGCCUUGGUCCUCCUCUCCUUCUUCAUGGGCCUCAUCAUGCUGAUGGAGGGAGGCAUGUAUGUGUUCCAGCUCUUUGAUUACUAUGCAGCCAGUGGCAUGUGUCUUCUCUUCAUGGCCAUCUUUGAAAGUGUCUGCAUUGCAUGGGUCUAUGGUGCAGAUCGCUUUUAUGAUAACAUUGAGGACAUGAUUGGCUACCGUCCAGGACGCUACUUCAAGUACUGUUGGUUGUUCUUCACCCCGGCCACUUGCAUUGGUACCUUUGCCUUCUCCCUCAUCAAAUACACCCCUCUAAAGUACAACAACGUCUAUGUGUACCCUUGGUGGGGUAAUGCAAUUGGCUGGCUGCUCGCUCUCGCCUCCAUGGUCUGCAUUCCACUUUGGAUGGUGUACAAGAUCAGCACCACCCAAGGGACGUUCAGAGAGCGCAUCCAGCUGCUAAUCACACCAUCGGACACCUUACCCAAAACCAAGAGGGAGCAGGAGAAGCUGCUGGCCAUCUUUGCUCCGGAGGGAGAUGCUACCAUGACUGGAAAUGGUUACUACCCUGUCUCAGAGACAGACUCCAACUUAUAAGGCCCCCAGUGGCGAUGUGUAUGGGAAAGACACGUGUGGAGGACUCAGGAGAUAAUAGGCAUACACUCGGGUUGGGUCUGGCAGCGCCUGUACAUUUCAGGGAUGGCAGGAUUGUGGAGGACAAAAAAGGAUAAAGAAACAUAAAUUAUAAAGUCAUUUAUUUGAGUUUUUAAAGGACAAGGGCUUUUUUUUUUCAGGGACAAAAGUUAUUUACUCUACUCAAACUGAUAUUAAAUUCAAAAACAAUGUUAUAAUGGAGGUUAAUGGCCUUUUUUGUCUCAAUUUAAAAGGUGGCACUUGUAGAGACAGACACACAGGUACCACCAAAAGCUUAAGAAUAAAUGUCUUAGUUUGCAUAAUAAGAAUAUGGUUUGUGUCGAUGUAAAACUAAGAAAACACAUGUAAGAUACUUUUUGAAGUGUCCUUUUAUAUCUGACAUUGCUUCAAGGCUACUUAGCCAUAUUUGUAUCAUAUAUUGUAUUAUCAUAAAUGAUUGGGAAACGUUUUCUUUUUGUAUUUACAAGAAUCAAAAUAAAAUGUUGUGUUACACAGGAAUAGAUGUAAUGAAAGUAUAUGUCAGUGAAAAGUAUCAUACUGUAGCAGUAGCUAUAGAACUAACAUGACAUAUACAACGUAGUUUCAUAUUGUGUACUGUAAUAUAAUAUGGCUGUACAAAUGUGAAUCUUGUCAGUAUGUUUUUUAAUAAACAUGCAACAUUU